AUGACCGAUCCCAGCCCGCCCUCGGCCACAAAAGUCGCUGGCGAGACCGCAUCGCCGCAAUUCCGCUACAUCCAAUAUGACAACAAAAGGGAAAACGAAUAUGUCCCUGCUAUGCGGCAAUUGAUCUCCAAAGUCCUCUCUGAGCCUUACAGUAUCUAUGUCUACCGGUAUUUCCUCUACCAAUGGGGUAGUCUCUGCUAUAUGGCCAUGGACCAAAACAACGAGCUUGCCGGAGUGGUGAUAUCCAAGCUCGAACCUCACCGUGGCGUGCCAUUACGCGGAUACAUCGCCAUGCUCGCCGUGCCAGAAAAAUAUCGCGGACAAGGAAUCGCGACGAAAUUAGUCUGCAUGGCCAUUGACGCCAUGAUCGAACGGAACGCAGACGAAACAGAGACUACAAACACUCCCGCCAUGAAACUAUAUGAACGUCUCGGUUUCCUCCGCAGCAAGCAACUACAUAGAUAUUAUCUCAAUGGGAACUCCGCGUUUCGCUUGGUCCUUUACUUGAAGGAGGGAGUCAGCUUGUUGGACGCAUACGGCUGUCCGCACCCCCCACCGGUAGCAGGAGAAGAUGAUGACGGAUUACCACUGCAUGAAGAUGGUGAAUACCUAGCAAGGCAUAAUAUCUGA